AUGGUGUCGGUGUCGGUUAUAAUUUUGCAGCUGAUCACCGCCUUUCUACUGGUCGUUGACGGGUGAGUUGUGGGUUCUUUGAUGUAAAAAUCAUCUUCUUUGUUUACCUCGGAUGUUAGUGUGGACUGCAUUAAUUAGUUCUUUGAUCCAAGAUCCGUAGGGUCAUCUUUUUUAUAUCCUUGUGUGUACAACGCUUGUUCCGAAAUUAGAUCAAAUAACGUCGUCAUGACCUGAAAAUGAGUUGUCGAUGUUACGUUUGAGUCUAAGAAAAGUUGUUUGGCCGGAAUACGAAAACAUUUUGGCUACGUAAUUACCUGAUAUUCGUAGGUCGCUCUCGAAUUAACACCGAGCAAAAAGUUUUUCGAUUAUUAUUGCAGCUGCCUUCUUCCCUGCAAUUUCUCUGCAGUACUCUGAGUUCUAUCUUUACUCCCAUUUUAUUUGCACCCUUUAUUUGUUUUAUUUCCACGUUAGUUUCUUCGAAUGUUGAUUCUGUUUAUCAGAUAAUUUUUGUAAGGCCAGGUUGUUUUUGGUCUUCAUAGUUCAAAAGUUUUACUUUUAUCAAAAUUUAUGACCCCUAAGGGGUUUCGUUGAAUGUUAAUUAUUUAGAAAACAUGUUUCAUGAUAGGAAUACACGGAAAUGUCCGCGGGCAAUAACUCUUUAAUCUUAGAAGCGUCCCAAAAAGUGCCUUUUAAACAUGGGUCCACCUGUAUUUUGUGAAGUUAAUCCUUUUACCAUUAUUUGAGCUCCGUAAUAUAUGUGAGUAAUUUUUAGUUGACCUUAAUGCUCACUUACAAUUAGUACAGCUUCUAAUUGCAAGCCUGGAAUGGCCAUGAAUUUCGAUGUGUUCCCACUCAUUUUGGGGCACAAUGACAUGAUCCAGAACAUUUAAUUUCCAAGAAACUCACCCUCAAGAAGUAAUGUCUUCAGUUUGAAAUUAUCUGCACUUUAAGCGGAUCCUCUCUUCGCAGUGGACUUUGUUACAAAAAGAUGUUUUUGAAAGAAAAUUUCUCAAAAUACAGACAGACAUGAAAACGCCUCAGGGAGAACUGGUUUCCAAAGAACAAAAGUCGAAAACAGGUGUAACCGCGAAUCAGGGAUCCAUUAGUGACUUCUGUCUGAAGUGAGGGCCCGGAUUACUGUAAUAUGACGUGGGAAACAAGAAGUGGAUAGGGCAUCUAUAAUACGUUGAAUGAUAAUAUGAAACAUGCCUAACAAGAGAAGUCACUUAAGUCAUGGAUCGAUUUUGAAAAAAACGAAAGAAGGAAAGCAGUACUUUUCAAUCAACAAAACCUGUGUAAUAUACUAGCCCUUCCGGAAAGUCGCCGACUGGAAUCAACGACACGGACUGUGAGGAAAAAAGUUUUCUUUGCACUGUGCAAUUUCAUGCUUUUUCCACCGUGGAAUAGGUUUUUUCGGGUGUCGUCGCACAUUGACCUUCUUCGCAUAGUGCAAGCGCCAAUAAUCAGUUCGGCGACUUCCCGGAAGGCUAGUAUUACGCUUUUUCAAAAGUGCGUAGACUUUCGGCCUUUUUUCGCACCGCACCGUGCGACAUGUUUUGAAAAGGAUCGCGACUUAACUGACUUCCCUUAUAAGUUACCAUUCAACUUUGUGAAAUGCGCCAUCCUUAUGUGACGUAUUUCAGGUACAUAAUCGACAGGUGGUCAACGUUGGAAGACCCAGCACGACUAUAUCCCCUUUCCGAUUCAGAAUACAUUCGAUAUCCAGUCAGACGGAGUGUAGAUACGGAAGAAGCAAGCAUGGACAGAACCUUUAGCCAGGGAUACGCAAAGAAAUCACAGAAUCUGAGUUACAAGGCGUUGAAGAAGUUCAGCGGAUCUGGAUCGCGCAAUUGUUUCUUCACCCCCAUCCAAUGCAUGAUCCAACACGACAUGAGCAAGUACAAGAAGCUGGUCGAUGGCUCCAAAGUCAUCCAGAAUUAA